CACUUUUUUUCAGCAAGCCCAAAAGUGAGAAGUGAAACCAGACUCCUAGGAAAGAAUGAAAAAGGAAUGAAAAUAGAAUGGACAGAAAGAAACCAGCAAUCACACAUCACUUUUUUUUUUUAAUCAUUUUAUAUAUCUCAAAAGCUUAUGUUCUGAGUUAUAUGAUAGUAGAGAGUUGCGUGCGCGCGCGCGCGUGCGAGUUUUGGAGGGUUGUCCUCCACUAGCUUCACAUCUGGCCAAACAGAUGUUGCUAGCCGUUGUGCUUCCGCGCUGUCAUUGUUUCCGCUUCCACCUCAGAGGAGCCUCGUUCAAUCUCUCUCUUUCUCCCUCACUACUUUGCCCUUUUUGCCUCUUUCACUUUUGUCUUGCGGCCGCAGCCAUGGGAGACCUGGAAGCUCCCGAGUCGAGGCAGCCGAGCCGCAGCGUGCUGCAGUCGGUCCUCCCCAGCAGAGAGUUCGCCUCCUCCAGGAAAGGAAUGUUGCUCAUCGCUGAAGUGGCGCUGUCCUUUGUGGAUUUUGUUUGCUUCGCCGCGUCCACGGCGGCCGCCUUCGUGACGGUGCCGCUGCUGGAGUUCCUGGCCGCUCUCUUCCUGCUCUUCGCCUACUCCACCAAAUUCAACCAGAGGUUUAAAGGCUUCCUGUGGCCUCUGAUGGAUUUUAUGAGAUGCGUGACUGCUGCCAUCAUCUAUUUCAUCAUUUCCAUCAUCGCCGUGUCCAAAUAUACGGACGGUUCCUCCAAAGCUGCCGGGGUUUUUGGCUUCAUCGCUACCAUUGCCUUCGCUUUAGAUUUUUAUCUCAUUUUUAACGAGCUGGCCAAUUUCCUGAAGCAAGGCGGAGAAACCACAGAGGAGCCUUCCAAACGGCAAGAUGAAUGUUCAGACUCCGACUCGGACUGAGAUUGCCCACCAUUUGGAGUCCUCGAGCCCAGGAGACACGGCCACAGCUCCGCAGCUCUCCGUGGAACAUUUCGGCCAAAUUGAGCUCCAAACGUGAAAACGCCGUCUGUUGUUUUGGAGUCUCGUGCCAAAUGAAGUUUUGAGCAUGUGAAGCGUUGACAGAUCUAUGAAGACAUUUUAUUUGUUCAUCUUUUUCAAUAUUGUGUAAGAAUUUGUUGAAAAGAAACACUACUCUGUUUGUCUAAAUGUAACAAAUGAAUACUCCUUAACGAAGAAGAUGGGGUCAACGAAGAAGCUGAAGUGAAAAUCAGAGUUCAACCCCCAAACUCAUAAUACAUACAUUCAUUCAUUUAUACAUUCAUACAUUCCUACAUACAUACAUACAAACUCCACUAACCCUCGAGACGUGAUGUAGGUUGGCUGGUUUCAACCAUUGUACAUUUCUGCUUCAUUGUGUGUGUUUUGUAUUUGUUGACUUCACUGCUGCUGUUGGUGUCCCUUUUCCUGGUUGUUCUAUGUUGUUGUUCCUGUCACCAUCAAAUGUGUGUGAAUGGGAAUGAAUCAUUGCCAGUGCCUUAUGUUGCUCUGUUUUAUCAUUUUUUAUCUGUAUUUAGUUGUGUUUUGUUUGUAUGUCCUCCCUUCUACUUCCACCAUUGAGGAAUAAGAGGUGCAAACAAAGCCACAGUGAAUAUGUUCAUAACACCACAUCUGUAAUCUAUAAUAAUUGAUAAGUGAUCUAUACAUUGGGUUAAUGAACACAAUUUGUCAUUUGUCUCCGCGGGCACCGGUACGAAUCUCGAAUCGGGUGGAAAGCGGCACAUACCGUCGUUCUUAUGAUGUUUUUAUGAUGUUCGCGUUACUGUGGAUCGAUCAGGCAAUCUUUUUGCCCGCUUUGUCACACACACAUCUACUCAAUGUAUAACAAUAAAGUCACUGGAUUUUAUUU